AUGGAACCAGAAAAAGCCAUUGUUAAAAGUACUGGUAUGCCAGAGGAAAUGCAAGAACACGCAAUUAAAACAUGCCUGAAAGCAAUGAAAACGCAUAGAUAUGAUAAAGAUAUAGCUAGUGCAUUGAAAAGAGAAUUCAAUAACAAAUAUGGACGUACAUGGCACUGUGUUGUUGGUUGUAGUUAUGGAAGCAAUGUCAGUCAUACUGAAGGUGGAUUAAUGUACUUUUUCCUGGGUCGAAGAUCUAUUCUCUUAUUUAAAACGGAAUCUGAGUAA